AUGGAGGAAGCCGGUGGUGAAGAACGGCUCAAUAGGCUGCUUGAGCGGCAUGGCCAGGAGGUUGUGGGGUUCGUCAUGUUUGCUAAGGCCAAACUGAGCGAGAAUGCUUACAAGGAGCUCGUCAAGGCAGCACGGGAGAUUGUUGAACAAAGUUCAAAUCCUGAAGGUGGAAUCACAGUGCAAAAAUGCGAAGAAAUUCUAUCUCAAGUGUUUGUUGGCCAAACUCGCGUCCUAGAAGGCUUCCGUCACCUUGUCGAAUCGGGUGAUCCCUCCAAGGAUGACCACCCUUCUUUACAUCGUGCACUCUCUUUCAUGAGAAAGGUGAAGGCGUCAUCAUCUAUAUCUAAUGACGAUUACGGAGAUUUUUUGGUCACCUUGUUUGAGUCGAUGACAAAAAAGAUCAAUGAGCAAGAGACUUACCUAAAGGUAAAGAAAUAUAUGUGCCACUGUCCGGAAUUAUUUCAAACCUUUGAAACUUAUUUGCGUCCACCUCUAUCGAAUGAGCAACCUUGCAGAAGUCCAAAUAUUAGUAUUAGCAAGGUUUUAUGCAUUACUCCAGAUGAAAUUCAUAGCGCAAAUCAUAGCUUGGAUGGUAAUGAAGCAACAGGUACUCUGUGGAUCUCCGACUUCUUGCAAACAUCUACAAGAGGUAAUGGAGAAUCACUUCAUGCAGAAGAGAAUGAUGGAGACAAGAUUGAUCCCUUACCAUGCUGGAGUCCGUCAAGAGAAAAUGAACUACCCCCAAAAGUGAACCCGGAUAUGUUCACACGCUACUCUACUAGCUACUCCCUAUUACCGAAGAAUUGUUUAACUCUAAAAACAAGCUACCGCACUGAGCUGGGACAGUUCAUAUUUAACGACACGUUGGUUUCUUCUACCUCAGGGAGUGAGGACUGCUUUAUGUUCAGAACUAAAAAUCAUUAUGAAGAAAAUAUUUUCAAAUGUGAAGAUGACAUGUUUGAGAGUGACAUGCUUUUGCAACGCUACACAGCAACUGCUGACUUUAUUAGAAAUCUGCAAGACUAUGUUGACAAAGAUAUGAAAAUUCAAGAGCAUCUAACUCCCUUACAUAGGAGAUGCAUUGAACAAUUAUAUGAUGAACAUGGCCUCGACAUGCUUGAUGCUCUGUCGGAGAAAAUUGAUACCAGUAUGGCUCUUGUUAUUCUACAGUCUCGUUUAAACCAGAAGAUAGAAGAUUUGAAAGAGGCACAGUCAUCUUUGAAUAAAACAUGCUCAAAUAUUAUUGCCAAUAAUUACUACAGAUCACUUGAUCAUCGCAGCUCUUCCUUCAAACAAUUGGACAAAAGGAGGAUGAGCCCAAAAGCGUUGCUUGCUGAAGCUAGAGAAAUCAACAUGGCAAGACUGAACAAUGGGGAUAAACAUCUUUCUGCUUGCAACAAUCAAUCAACUUUGAUCUCGGAAAAUGUAUUUAAAGAUAUUAAUCUUCAUAUCCACAAGGACAUAGACAGGAUGGUUCGUUAUGCAUGCAAAAGUUGUCCUUCUGAACAGAAGCUGAUGAUGAUUUGGACAACAUUAGUUCAGCCAUUUGUUUCUAUUAGUUAUCAAUUACAAGAAUCGAAUGGUACUGUAGCUCCAAAAGAAGCUUGUGAACAUUGUGGUCUCAGCAAAACUUUUCUCAGGAGUAUCCCUGACUCAUCACUUGCUAAUAAUUAUUCUUUAUCUUCAAAGAGAGGUGGAUAUCUUCUAAAUACGUCCAAUAAGUCUGCUUCUAUACUUGACGCUUGUCAGACUGAGAUUGAGGAUGGUGAGUUCAUACCUGAUGUAGGAAACAUCCAGUUUGGAUCCAUGCUUGGACAUGGGAACGUAGCAGCAAGUUGUGAUGUUGCUGCUCCCAAUGGGGCUGGGUUGAGUUCUCAGUGCCCAGGCCAUAGUAAUUGUGACCACAGUAAUAAAUCUGAAGUGCACUAUGAAUCAAGAGAAGGCUACAACAUUGAAAUGGGCAAAUCAGCAUAUUCCAAAAGAACAGCUGAACUGUAUGAUGUGAAAGGCAGCAUACCUUGUUGUUCUCUGGUUGUGCUCUUAAGGCUUCACCAGAUUUUGUAUGAGAGGCUAUUAGUAGCAAAGAAUCUUUCGGCGGAAGCUUCCAAGAGAGGUUCACACACCUGUGAUUUAUAUGCAGGAUUUAAGGAGGAGCUCUUUAACCUAAUAACGGGCUUUACUAACAGUUCCAACUUUGAGAAGUACUGCCUGACAAUCCUUGGGCCGAGAUCCUAUGUACUUUUUACUCUGAAUGAGGUGAUAGACCGAAUUAUCAAGCAGCUCUGUAAAAUUUGUCCAGUUGCUGACAACUCGAUUCUUCAGACCCAUGAGGAAGUGAGAAGACCGGCCGCAGGCAAAGAUUUAUCUUGCCAUCAAAACACGAGAACUUCUCCAGGCUGUCCAACAAAUGGUUCACUUGAGCAUGAUCAUCAAGAGGAGGGAGAGAAAGGUAGCAAGCACAAUGGCGAUAUUGUUAAGCCGAUGCAAAACCAUUUUCAGAGAAGGAAAAAGCGCAAGUUGGAGAACAGUCCAGCUAGCAUAUAA